GUGAAAUCAGAGCGAGACACAGGCGGCAAAGACAAGGUUUAGAGAACUUAUCUCGGUUUACUAUUACAGAGUCAUUGUUCCGAAGCAUAGUGAUAUUUUAUUGACAGAACUGGCUGCAUGACUGAUAGUGUGCAAUGUACUGCCUUCAGCGAUGCUGUCAUCACAAAAGAUAUUUAAGUAAAUGUUUACAAAGAUAUUCUAGACAUUCUUCAACUCAGGAUGGCAUUAAAUUCCAUGAAUCUGAAAAUACAAGCGUUCCCCCAGACACAAAUGGUGAAAUUUCAACACAAAGUCAAGUCCCAAAAAGCAGUGAUACAAAUAUUCCCAUAUUCCCACUGAUGAAAGAGCCAGGAUUCAAGAAAAAAGACUGGAAUAUUGCAGCAAAGAAAUCGGGGAGAUUGCCAAGUGUCACAAAAAUACUCCAAGACACUAUGCCCAUACAGAAUGCAAUAAUGUUAUUGAAAUGGAAGCAGAAGAUGAUUGCUGAGCUUGGAGAAAAAGGAUUUAUAAAAUUUAAUGAAGAGACCCUGGCAGCAGGUAGUGCCUUGCAUCGCUGUAUACAACAGUAUUUACAGGGUAUCCCUAUGAAUGAAAUCAAUGUGGGAAAGGCCAAUGCAGGCCAUUGGAAGAGUAUGGCAUCUAUUUUACCACAGAUUACAGAUGUAUAUGCAACAGAGAAAUAUGUCAAGCAUCCAAUGCUUAGCUAUGCUGGAUACAUAGACUGUAUUGCUACUUACAAGGGUAAGCUAUGCGUGAUUGACUGGAAGACAUCCACAAAACCCAAACCUACACUGUUAAAAUGCUAUGAUUCACCACUACAAACUGCUGCUUAUACCGGUGCCACUAAUUUUGAUGACAGUAUCAAUGUACAGGUGGUAGAUACACUACUGGUUAUUGCUUAUAAAAAUGGCACUGAAGCCCAUGUACACUAUAUGCCAAAGAAAACUUCCCAAUAUUUCUGGGAGAAAUGGUUGAGUAGACUUCACAUGUACAGACUGAUGAAAGCCAGUGAAAAGGAAGCAUUAGAUAUUUAGAUAACGGCAAGUCUGCCACAGUACUACAGUGACAGGUUGCAGGAAAACCCAACUUUAUUAGUUCACGAAGUCUGAAAAUUGACCUCUGUGCAUCUAUACGUGGAGCCAAGUGCCCCCACCUGUAUCCUCAACAUGCGUGGUCUCAGAUCACAUUUGAACUCCAUGCAUACAUCUUAGGAGACAUAUAUAAAAAUUAUUUGUUUCAUGAAAUGAUUCAUGUUGGCAGAAGGAUGACUAUUUUUAUGAUUAAAAUUUGGUAAAAUAAGGCAUUUAUGAUAUUUUGGAACCAGAUCUCAGACAUAUAUG